GCCCUGUUCUGUGGGAAUACGUCGUUCCUGUUCCUCCGUUUGGGUGUGUUAUUCACAGGGAGCUGCUGCCUUGAAAGCAGCAUUCAAAGCUUUAUUAGUUCAGGUACCUUCCUGUAGAUCCUCGGGAUGAUUUUUACUUACUCGCAGCAAAAUCUUAUUCUGCUUGUGUUUGCCUCUGUUGCUACAAACGGGAGGCUUACAGGAAAUGGAUCAUGACUUUUUAUGUGCUUAACUAUUUCAAGUAAAUAUGUGGAAAACACAGAAAGGAAUAUUUCUUUUAAUUAAAGUUGGAAAUAACUCCAGAUAUUUGAAAAGUAAUAGGUUUUAGGAGCUCAUUCUCACUAGAAGGUGAAGCUUCUAAUGUGAUAAUUGUCUUUGCUUUUUUACAGUACCCUCACGAUUUAUGAAAUGGCUGUAAGAAUCAGUGGAGUUUGUCAGUUGUGGAAAGCAAAGUAUAAUAAGAGUUAGAGAAAGAUACUUUGGAUUAUGAAUCUGCGUGAUUGAUACAGAGCAAUGGAAGUUUGAAGUUGUUUGAAAGCAGAGAUGAAGCACGGGAAAUCAUCACCUCCAAAGGAUUUACUUGGAGUAAAAGAUCACUGACUACUACAAUGGAAAAGUCAUGGAUGCUUUGGACCUUUGUUGAAAGAUGGCUACUAGCUUUGGCUUCUUGGUCUUGGGGUCUCUGCCGUAUUUCGCUUUUACCUUUGAUAGUAACUUUUCACUUGUACGGAGGCAUUACACUACUUAUGUUAAUAUUUGUAUCAAUAGCAGGUAUAUUAUAUAAAUUCCAGGAUGUGCUGCUUUACUUUCCUGAACAGCCCUCUUCAUCACGCCUUUAUGUUCCUAUGCCUACUGGUAUACCACAUGAAAACAUCUUCAUCAAAACCAAAGAUGGAGUUCUUCUCAAUCUUAUUCUUCUGAGAUACACAGGGGACAAUGCAGCGUAUUCUCCAACCGUCAUUUACUUUCAUGGGAAUGCAGGCAACAUUGGCCACAGAUUGCCAAAUGCUUUGUUAAUGCUGGUAAACCUGAAAGUAAACUUACUCCUUGUUGAUUAUAGAGGGUAUGGAAAAAGUGAAGGAGAAGCAAGUGAAGAAGGUUUGUACUUAGAUUCUGAGGCUGUGUUAGACUAUGUGAUGACUAGGUCUGAUCUUGAUAAAACAAAAAUUUUUCUUUUUGGCCGUUCCUUGGGGGGAGCAGUAGCUAUUCAUUUAGCUUCUGAAAAUUCCCAUAGAAUUUCUGCCAUCAUGGUGGAGAACACCUUUCUUAGCAUCCCGCAUAUGGCCAGCACUUUGUUUUCUUUCUUUCCAAUGAGAUAUCUUCCUUUAUGGUGCUACAAAAAUAAAUUUCUGUCCUACAGAAAAAUCUCUCAGUGCAGAAUGCCUUCUCUUUUCAUCUCUGGGUUGUCUGACCAGUUAAUUCCACCAGUUAUGAUGAAGCAACUUUACGAGUUGUCCCCAGCUCGGACUAAGAGACUGGCGAUUUUUCCUGAUGGAACUCAUAAUGACACUUGGCAGUGCCAAGGGUAUUUCACUGCACUUGAACAGUUCAUCAAAGAAGUAAUAAAGAGUCACUCCCCUGAAGAAAUGGCGAAAACAUCGUCUAAUGUAACAAUAAUAUAACUGAUAUUCUUCUUUUGGGGGGAGGGAGAAUACCUGCACUGUAUCUUGAUUUGUGAAAAGUGAUAAAAGAAUGUCCAUUUUUAAAUGUAUAUUAUGUCUGUACUUGCCUAAAGAGUGAAAUUAAACUUGGAAAGGUCUAAUGCUUUAUUAAGAUAUUCCAGAUAACUUUUACAUUUGCAGCAUUGUAAAUGAACCAUUCUAAAUGUCUUUCCCAUACUUUUUUUGAUAUCUUUGUCCAUAUCUUCCAUUUGUUUGAUAUGUACAAUGGAUGCUAUUAAAGAAGAAAAAAAA